CAAAGAUGGGCUUUGCCAGUUUAUUGUGCCUGUGCAAUAAAUGUGUUCCUGCCUUGACUACUUUAGAGGUUUAAUGUUGUAGUCUAGCUAAACAGUUGCUAUCCUGAACAGCAUUGCUACUCCCUCGCCACCACAAUCUGAAGAGAGUGAAAUGCAGUCUGCAAUGAAAGUGGCUUCAGAGCAUACACCAGGGCGAAGAGGAAGGAAACCAGGAAGAAAACGGAGACAGGAGCUCCUUCAGUCAGCUUUUAAACUGGCUGUGCAAAAUGUUGUGGCAGCUCCAUCUAAAAUUGUUUUACCGCUGAAAAUACCCAAAAAGAGAGGACCAAAGCCUGGAAGCAAGAGGAAGCCCCGUAUUCCACAAAAUCCUCCACCAGUCUCGCCCACCUUAAGCACUCCAGAGCCAGACACCAGCACCGUCCCCCAGGAUGCAGCGACUGUUCCCAGCUCAGCGAUUUCGCAAGCAUUGACAGUUUGCAUAUAUGUCAACAAACAUGCCUGUGCUGGGCCACAUCUUGAUAAAAAGAAGUUGCAACAGCUACCAGAUCAUUUUGGGCCUGCCAGAGCAUCUAUGGUCCUUCAGCAGGCUGUCCAAGCAUGCAUUGACUGUGCCUAUCAGCAAAAGGCAGUAUUUUCGUGUCUGAAGCAAGGCCAUGGAGGAGAGCUGAUAUCAGAGGGUAUAGAUGCUUCAUCAUUGAAUAUAUUUAAGACAGAAAUAGACAGCCUUUUGUUCUCCCAGGGAAUCAAGGUUAUAGAGAAAGUGGAGCUGAGGCCAUUGCUCAGCUAUGAACUUUACCAUGAGGAUGUGCAGUAUCCUAUUCAAAAGCGGGAAACAAUCAUUCUUAAAAUGGAAUUGGAAUCUGUGAUACCAGAGGAUGACCUCAUUGGAGCUAUGGAAACCAGGUAUAGUGUGGACUCAAUGGAUUCUCCUGUGCACUUGAUGAAUCCCUCUAGCCCAUCAAGGCGUAACUCUGGAGAAUACAGGAAUGCAGGGUCCAUAUCCUAUAAUUAUCGCUCAUCCUAUCAGUCUUCCAAUGGACCUCCUUCUUCAGGCUUGCGUCGACUUUCCACCAGCCCAGGUGGAGGAGGGGCCUUUUAUGAAUCAAAAGGAAGCAGUAAUGCAGCACCUAGUCCUGCCUCAGGCUCUGAACGACACAUGCUUUCUCAGGACUCCCUACGGUCAUCAAGCAGGCAUCCAUCUACCUGGACUGUGGAAGAUGUAAUGCGGUUUGUCAGAGAAUCUGACCCUCAGGCUUUGGGUCCACAUGCUGAACUUUUCAGAAAACAUGAGAUUGAUGGCAAUGCUUUGAUCUUGCUGAAGAGCGACAUGAUAAUGAAGUACAUGGGACUGAAGCUGGGCCCUGCCCUGAAGCUCUGCUACCACAUUGAUAAGCUGAAACAGAGCAAAUACUAAACCAAGAUGUAAACUGGAGCAGGACGAACAGAUGUCAAGUCAUUGUUUUCUUUUGCUUUUAUUUUCUUUCUGUGAAAGUGCACCAGCACUCCGAAACACUUCUCCUUACUACAGUUGUUCAGUAAUCUUCUGAUAUGUAUGAUGAAGAGGAGCUGGAAGUAAUUUGAUGCCUUGCAGCAAUACCACACACAAGGGCUGGUUUGUAGGUGAUCUCAUUUAUUGUUCUCAUCUCCGCACAAACAUAUCCAACACAUGUCAGCCGUGCAUGCAUUUUGAUUUCUUUCACACCCAGGAUCUGAGUGAAAAUGUCUAAGAUAUGAUCUGUGCAGUCCUUUUUGCCUGCCCCUGUUGUCCUUGUUGUUGACUCAGUUAUCUGGAGGUAGCAUUUGAGUAAGUGGGUGUGUAGCAUUAUUGUACAAAUGUCAGAUUGAGUGAAGAAAUUACCUUAAUGUAACAUGUACAGUACAAGCAUAAUCUAAUUUUAGUUUUAAGGUGAAUGAAAUUGGCUUUAUGAAGUUAUAUUGAAAUGUGUACAUAAGUAUAUAAUUCUUCCCUGCUACUGAAAGGUUAAUGUUUACUUAACAGAUGUGAUGGAACUCUAUAUAUGAUAAAGUCGGAAGCUUGCAGAAAGCAUUAUCUAUGGCACUCUGAUAUAUGUUGUGCAUAUAGGACAUGAUGUGUAGAUGUAGGAUUUUAUUUUGUUGAACUGAAGGACUUGUUUUGGGUUGAAUCCUGGACAGUUAUGAACGUGCUUGAGCAAAGAGCUUCACUACACUUGCAUCUGUAUACAGUGAUGGGCUUGGACUGAAACUGAUGUAUAUAGGGUUUUUUUUGUGUUUUUUUUUUUAAAUUGUAUAAUCCUCAGUAACAUUCAAUGGAACAGGUCAGUGAGCCAGUCAGGCUGAGCUUAAACAUUGACAGGCAAUAGGGAACUCAAAACUGAACCAGGAAUAAAAAACAAUUAUCACAGGCAAGUAUAUAUUCAAAUGUGGAUUUAACAAACAAGUGCACACAAAGGAUUGUGUUUAAGCAGGAACUGCACACCAGGAUAUAGAUUCAGUUGGUCAGUUUAUACUGGUGAAUGUAGAUUAUCAGGUAUAUAUUGGAACAGGGUGUAAUUAGUCAAGUUAUAUAUUGGACACUGGUGUCAAACAAGUGGCCAUUCUAUAGCACAAAGUGUGAUAACAGUUGGUGAUGAGUUGAUUUAGUGUUUGUAAGUGUGUUAUAUUUCAGCAAAGCAUAAGCCAGGUGCCCAUUACAGACCCACCUGAUUUUUGUUCCAUUGCAGCCAAUACAAGCGGGCACUGUACAUAACUGGCAGCUGAUUUGUUACAGCCCAUUUUACAUCCACAUCUGAAGCUGAAAGCUGUGCCCAUACAAUUCUACAGCAAUUCACAAGUUUCCUUUCUCGCUGCCAGAGUUUUUGAAUGGCCAUGUUAUUAAAAAAAAAGAUCCUAGCAUUUAAAAAUAAAACCUGGCAAUAAAGUCCUUCAGCCUCUGAACAGUGAUGCAACUUGUGCUUGCUGUACAGACUAUUUAGUUAUAAACGAUCACAUUUCAGGAGAUGUGGGAGUAAUUCUAGGGAGGGGGAAAAAAUCAACAAAUAGCAUUAAUCAGAAAGUCAUACAGAAAGCACUUUACAUUCAUUCAGUGGGCACGGGUAAGGCACAGAAGAUUUUAAAACAAUGCAACGUUUUUAACUGAUCAAAGAAUUCAAUCAAUAAAUUUUCCAAA